AUGGCGCCCCUGUGUUUGGCUGUCCGUCUCCCACUGUUGAUUGUAUUGCUGUUUAUCCUGUGCUCACUGUUUGUUGCACGGAUUGUGUCACCGCUGCGGGUGUAUGAUCGCCUGACACUUCUUAAUAUUCGGGACUCUGUUGGAAAGUCAAUAAUCUGUGGCUCUGAUGGCCAUUCAAAGACGCCGCCUCCUCUCCUGGCGUCUAUACCGCCGCAUCUUCGGCGUCUCUCCUGUUGCUUACCUCGCAAAAGUCGCCGCAGAAGACGAGGAAAGCGAGGAGGGAUCCUUGUUAAAGUGAAAGCUUAUCUGGCUUCCGUCCACGAUCCCCGUCGCUUCCCAGCUGGAUCCCUCGCAGACUACAACGGAUACGAUCUACGGAGCUCCACGGAGUACAGAUAUCGCUGGCUCCGGCCAGUUCUCCGGGACACCGGGGUUUUGCUCCCGUGUUGUCGGCCAGUGCGGAUCUCCCAGCGGGGCUGUGUGCCGGGGAAUCUCCGCUCGCUCAGCCGCUUCUCUCGCCUGACUGGUCGAUACGCAGCUCAUAUGCCGCUGUUAAACGCCAGAUAUUUCGCGAAUAAGACAUUUAUUUUGAACGACUUUUUCGCUACCCGCGAAUUGGAUUUCCUCCUGCUGACAGAGACUUGGUUAAAACCAGGUGAGAUCGGUGUUUUCUCGGAGCUCCUCCCACCCGGCUGCUCCUUCUUCAGCACCCCCUGUGCUACCGGUCGUGGUGGCGGUGUGGCUGCUAUAUUCAAAGAGACCUUCAGAUGCAAAAUAAUAAAGGCUAAUAAUUACUCCACCUUUGAGCUGCAGUUGUCUGUGAUCGACCUCUCGUGUCCUGUGCUGUGUGCCACAGUUUAUCGCCCACCCAAUUUUAACAAAAACUUUCUCCAAGAGUUCUCUGAGUUCUUGUCUGAUGUAAUUCCCAAGUUUGAUAAAAUAUUGAUUUGUGGGGACUUUAAUAUUCAUGUUUGUUGUGCAGCAAAUCAACUUGCGAAUGAGUUUAAAGGCCUUUUGGACUCGUGUGGCCUCACUCAAUCUGUAAAUGCACCAACACACGAACACGGGCACACUCUUGACCUUGUCAUUUCUCGUGGGCUUUCAGUUUCCCUUAGAGAAAAAGUCGACACUGCUAUCUCGGAUCAUCUUCCGAUUGUUUUUGAUGUUGUUGCCCCCCCACCUCCCAACAAACCCAUUUCCCCAGCCUGUAGACGCCGUAUCUUCACUCCAUCAACGGCCAGAGAGUUUGCUAUCGCCUUUGGGAACUCUCAGAUGCAUGCUCACAGUGGACUGGUCCCCUCCCUCUGUCCGGACACCCUGCUCUCCACAUUUCACUCUACAUGCUCUGA